AAAUACACCUUUUCUCAAAAUGAUGUCGCACUUUCAAGAAAGAAUAUGCCGCACUUUUCAGAAAAAAGAUAUCGUAUAAGAAUCAGUACUCUUUUUCUCUUGAAGUACUUUUGUAAUGAGCAAUUCGCUUUAUUUCGAGGAUGGGCAAGGGAACGUUUUGGAUGAAGAUGGAAAUGAUCCAAUGGAUAUUACUGAGAAUGAAGAUCCGUACAAGUUAGAUGAGCUUACAUCUUAUAGCGCUUAUAUUGCAGCUAGAGACAAGUUUAUGAUGGAAGUUGAUCAGGAUCCAAAUUGCUCAGAAUAGAAGACGACUAAGAAACAAAAAAAAAAAUCUGAUAAAGAACAAACGUGUCAGUAAUGAAGUUAAGGCACAUGCCAUUCACUUAGUGAAUAUUCAUCCAAAAAAAA